AGAGGUUUUGGAACAAUGACGUGGGUUUUUGCGGGGAUCCCAUGUGGAAUUUCGAAUUGGGCAAUAGAAGGGGCAACAGGAGAGAGAGUCUGAAUUUGCGUUUGGUAUGUGGUGGAGCUGGAAUUCGGAGUGGGGGUGUUGGAGCUUCGUGUUUUGAUGCAUUGCAAUUCGAAUUCUCGCGAUUGUUUGUAGGUAGAUACUUGGUAGUAGACGGGCAGCAUCCUUCACCUUCUCUAGAGAGAGAUCUGGGUCGACAGCGUAUGGAAUUUGAGAGUAAGCGGAGGUCCUAGAGCUGUUUAAGAUUUGAAGACUUUGGUACUGUGGCUUAGACGGGCAGAGUCUUGCUGGGACAGCAAGCUUUUCAAUAUAUAAUGGCGAGAUUUGGAAGAACGCUUAUGCAGGGAGUCGCGCAGCCAGGGUUAUGGCUACCCCGUCUCAGACGUGCUUAUGGAAAUUAUGAAGAAUUUGAUGUCUUUGCAGGAGCAAAUCAUGCACACAAAGUUCGCAUUAAUGGGUACGAUGAGAAAAAAUUCUUUGCAAACGGAAUAGAGAUAGAAGGCUCCAUAAUAUGUUUAAGCAGUCUCACACUAAAAUGGGCUCCUAAAUCGUUUGAGGAAAUCACAUCCGACAGUUUGGCUAUAUUUGAACUUUUGCGGCCUGCACCUGAAAUAUUGAUUUUGGGGUGUGGCAAAAGGAUGGGUCAUGUCAGCCAAGAGCUGCGUGACUACCUUCGUUCUAACGGGAUUAAGCUAGAAGCUGUAGACACGGCCAAUGCAACCUCGACAUUCAACAUCUUGAACGAAGAAGGUCGAAUAGUAGCAGCAGCCAUGUUGCCUCAAGGUGCAUAAUGAACAAAAACCCCUUGAGCACCUUGUGUCAUGGCUAAAAUGUAAUCUGGAUUAGUUUAACCUUCAGCCAUUGUAGCGGGGAUGCCAUCUACUUAGCCAGCGAUGGGAUCAGCAAUUGCCCUCUUCAUUUAGUUUCAACAAGAUGAACGAGGGAAAGCAUAGCCCUUGAAAACACAAGCUUUCAAUUGGAGCCUGGAAGUUGUCUUUCAUGCGCUGUGUCCUUUCUGAUGUCCACUCAAACAUCACAUUGGUAAAAUUGAAAACGGUCUGUGCUCACUCUGGCUCAAUUUGCCUUCA